AUGCAUCAGCUUCGGUUAAAUGAUGCUGCCAUUUCUUUGCACCGGGUGCUGUCGGCACACGACGGCAAAUCGGGGUUUGUUGCGGUUCCCCAAUCCAGACGGGAUUAUGUAGCUUUCCUCUGGUCUGAUAAGCCAAACCGAGAGAGAGCGGUUCUCAUCGAAAUCUUUUGCGAGGGCUUUCCUGGCGCAACUUUCAAUAUGUCAAAUGUGGUACCAAAUGUUACCCAGAUAGCUGGUGAAACCCAAGGAUCGGGCGCUACUUCAUUUUUGGACCCAGUUUACCUGUUCAAAGGGAAACUCAGAGCUGCUGCAACCCGCAGUAAGUUCCAUGACUCUGCCGACCUACGAUGGCUGGAAACAUACGCUUUGUCGACACUUCAAGCGAAUAAGUCUCAGUUCAGCAGCCUCUAUGUAGGGCUUGCUUUGAAACGCUACCCCGAGCUUCACCACUGCUUCGAGCGUAUUGGUUUGGAUAUUGAUGCUGCCACUAACGCUGCAGCUGCUUACGAUUUGCACCACCUACCACCACCGCAACCAGGUGACGUCCAGAAUGGCUUGCUUGCUACCGGAAACACAUAAAAUUAACAUCGUGAGAACUUAGUUAUCCUGCUUUAUAAGAGAGAUUAGCUGUUUUCUAAGAGAUUGAGUUGUGUUUCGGGACCUUUUUUUCUUUACACAGCGG